CGCGAUCCUAGGUCAAGUAGCGUCGUUCAGGUCUCUAGGUGCAGCACUGGCUCCUGUCGUCCAGCCAUGGUCGCCACACACGAGGAGAACGCAAAAGUCGAAGCCAGGGAAGAGAUGGCCGUUUCCGAAAAGUCCGGAGCUGCCUCGCCCACACAGGACGAAAAAGCGUGGAGAGUUGAGGACGCACAGGACAUCCCAAAGAACAACCUUCCGCUGGUUUUCUUUUCGUUGCUCUUAGCAAUGUUUUUAGCUGCGUUAGACCAGACGAUCGUGGCGACUGCACUACCUACCAUCGUUUCAGAGCUGAAGGGUGGUCAAGACUAUUCGUGGGUUGCAAGUGCUUAUCUCUUAGCAUCUGCGGCGUUGAGCUCGUUCUACGGUAAGAUCUCCGACCUCAUUGGUCGCAAGUUUGUACUCUACCCCGUCAUCGUUGUUUUCCUGAUUGGCUCGGCGCUAUGUGGUGCUGCGCAAAGCAUGACCUGGCUCAUCCUUGCCCGGGCCCUCCAGGGUAUUGGUGGUGGGGGCAUCUUCCAGAUGGUCAACAUCGUCGUUGGAGAUAUAGUGCCGCUCGAGAGGCGAGCGACAUUCGGUGGCUAUGCCGGGGCGCUCUGGGGUAUUGCUUCGAUCCUUGGACCGCUCGUCGGCGGCGCUUUUACCGACCACGUCUCUUGGAGAUGGUGCUUCUGGGUCAACCUACCUACUGGCGGCGUUGCCCUCAUUCUCCUCUUCUUCACUCUGCACCUGAACCCGCCGAAACAUCGCAAGACUUUCCGGCAGCAUGUCUCUGAGUUUGACUUCCUCGGGCUGUUCCUGAUCGUCUCUAGUAUAAUAUGCGUGCUCAUCGGCUUCAACCAGAGUGAAUCGAGCUGGAAUUCCGCUGCGACAAUCUCCCUCUUGACAAUUGGUUGCGUCCUGCUUGUGUGCGCGGCGUGCUGGGAGGGCUAUACCAGCAGGUCGCCUAUCAUUCCGCCUCGGUUGUUCAGAACCCGUACCACGACCAUUCUUCUGGUCACUGUCUUCCUUCAUGGAUUUGCCUUCUUUGGAGCGUCGUAUUACUUACCUGUCUACUAUCAGGUGCUUGGUGCUUCUGCUACCAGGGCCGGUAUUCAGAUUUUGCCCUACUCGCUCGGCACCUGUGUCGUUUCUCUUGUCGCUGGCUUCCUGAUUACGGCUACAGGCAUGAUCAGGCCUGUCCUCUGGUUUUCAUACAUUGUCAUGACCCUCGGCUUUGGAUUGAUGAUUACGCUGGACGAAACUUCUUCUCUCGCGAAGCAAGUCGUCUUCACGCUCAUAGCAGGCCUCGGCACGGGCGGCUUGUUCUUUCCGCCGCUCAUCCUCAUGCAAGCUGCGAUGCCGGCCAAGGACAUGGCGACAAGCACGUCAACGCUCGGCUUGCUCCGCCAGUUGGGUUCUACUGUCGGUGUGUCUGUUGGCCAGGCGAUCUGGUCCACGGAACUGCGGAAGAAGCUCGCCAUGAUUCCAGGAGCCGUGAUCAACACGUCGAGUGCGAAUCUGGCUGACAGUAUCCGUCAGAUCAACAUGAUUGAGCCGCUAUCUCUUAGGCGCCAAAUUCAGCACGCAUACACGAAGAGUAUCUCGACAAUUUGGAUCGUCAACACACCACUGGUUGGAAUGUGCAUGAUACUCGUGUUCUUGCUCAAACACUACACACUCAAACGCAAGGCAGCCCGUCCGGCUCCCGGCGACGUCGAGCGUCUUGCGGCGGAACCAACGCUCCCUAAAACCGAUGCUAUCGUAGAAGCUGAGGAAUUGCCGUCGCCUUCUCGUACAGUUCUCGAGGAAGAACGUGAGGAUAUCCAAAGCGGGAAAUCAUCGCCCGCCCACGGCAGGAGCGUAGACGUGCCCGCGUAGACUGCUCACAUCCCGCUCGAUAUACGCACUCAUCUGCGCAUGCUUUAAUGAUGAAUGGAAUUAAUUACGACUACACACGACACACGAUUAUUACAAUUAUGAUCUAUGUUGGUCUCGCCACUGUAUUCGUUUGCCGCAAUAUAAGAUUU